GACGCGCAUUCGUGAACGCGCACGUUUGGAGGAAGAGAAGGAAAGCCCCGUAAAACAGGUUAAUUCUCUUCUUGGGGAGAACAGGAAUUCAGGCAGUCUGGCUGAUUCGGAGAAGUCAUGGGAAAAAUGGCAGUGGGCUUCGUACUGGUGUUUUUCUCUGUCACCUUGCUCUCAGGACUGAUGCACUAUGCUGCUAAUCACUAUAGACGUGGAGACAAGGGAAAACAGAGCAGGCCAAACUUCAUCAUUAUUUUGGCAGAUGAUAUUGGCUGGGGUGAUCUGGGGAUGAACCAGCCAGAUGUGGCCAGUCAGACACCUCAUCUCGACCGGAUGGCCCAGCAAGGAAUGAGGUUUACAGACUUUCACUCCCCCGCUUCCACGUGCUCGCCCUCCCGUGCUGCCAUCCUCACAGGGCGGCAUGGUCUGCGUAAUGGGGUGAUACACAACUUUGCCGUGGAUUCCAUCGGGGGGCUUCCUCUCAACGAGACCACUCUGGCCGAGGUCCUCCACGAAGCAGGAUACUACACGGCCAUGGUCGGAAAAUGGCAUCUUGGACACCAUGGGCCACAUCAUCCGAUUCACAGAGGAUUCGAUUAUUACCUUGGAAUCCCCUACAGCAAUGACAUGGGCUGCACAGACAUACCUGGUUAUGACCUUCCGGCUUGUUCGCCAUGUGAUCGAGAUGGACCUGCUGACAGUGAGAAGAAUGACUGUUAUUCUAAGGUGGCACUGCCUCUGUUCGAGAACCUGACCAUCAUAAAGCAGCCUCUGAAUCUCUGGACCCUGGCUGACACCUACACUCAGCCAGCUGUGCGCAUCCUCCGCACCUCAAGGCAGAGAGGGCAGCCCUUCCUGCUGUAUGUGGCGCUCUCCCACAUGCACGUUCCACUCUCCCCCGCUCCGUGCCUGGACGGAAGUGCCAAGGACGUAUACAAAAGUGCUCUGAGGGAGAUGGACGGCCUGGUGGGGGAGAUAAGGAGAGCGUCCGAUGAGAAUGAUAAGGGAAACACGCUAAUCUGGUUCACCGGCGACAAUGGCCCCUGGAACCAAAAAUGCCAGUUUGCUGGAGACGUGGGUCCUUUCCUAGGGACGUGGCAGACGGACAGGGGUGGGGGCUCAGCUAAAACAACCACAUGGGAAGGGGGGCACCGGGUGCCCACCGUGGCAUACUGGCCUGGGAGGAUCCCAGCCAACAUUACCAGCAACACCCUGCUUAGUGGUUUAGACAUUUUCCCGACCAUCCUCUCCCUGGCAGGCGUCCAGGCACCAUCUGACAGACACUACGACGGCAUCGAUGCCACUGACGUUCUGCUCCGUGGCUCAGAGACUGGACGUGAGAGCAUCAUGCAUCCUAACAGUGGAGCUGCCGGACAUUUUGGGGACCUGCAGACCGUCAGGCUGGGCCAGUACAAGGCUUUCUACAUGACUGGGGCUGCAGAAGCCUGUGGUGGAGGAAAGGGACAAGCAGAGGUCCACAGCCCCCCUCUGAUUUUCAACUUGUCAAGAGACAAGGCGGAGAGCAGGCCCCUGGACAGCAGCACGGCCGAAUAUGCGGCCAUCUCGGAGCGGGUGCGGGAGGAGAGGCAGGUGGUGCUGCGGGACAUCGCUGCAGACCGCGUGUCACACGCUGACUACUCAAGGGACCCCACUGCAGCCCCCUGCUGCAACCCGGCUCAUGUGACCUGCCGCUGUCAGGGCUGAGACUUCAUGGAGCUUCACUGUACAUUUAGCUGAAAGGGUUGGUUCAUCACCCACUGUUUCGAACCUCCUCCCAGUGCUGUAGGUGGGGAGUUGGUUCUCCUUGUUUCCCAUCAUAGUCCUGAAAUAGAUGCAUUUCCAUUGCUCAGUGUGUAUGUUGAAUGCGCGUUCUGUCUGAGCCUGUCAUUCUGUCCAGGGUGUCCCCUGCCAUGUGACCUUUGCUUCCUGGCUACAGGCUCAGUGAUCCUGUGCUGGAAAAGUGAUGAUGGAUGGAUGGAAAUAUUUUUGUAAUCAAACUGUCUAUAUUUAUGAUUGUUUUAAAAUAUAUUCAGUAAAAAGUAUAGUAUGUGCCGUGGUCACGGGGGACUCAAAACAGAGGCAUGACAGCUGGGUACAUGCAGAGUGCAUGGCCCUAGGGACACCUCAUGGAGAGCGUGCCAUAGAGUGACCAGAACCCCCGCAUGCUGACACGCCCCCUGCUGGGCAUAUGGGCACUUGCGGAUACCCUACUUAUGAGAGCCAGCCUCAGGUCACGGGAGUCGGCCCGCCCACACGCAUUCAGCCUAUAGCGGACUGGUAAGAAUCUGCAGGGUCCCCCUCCUACAACCUGAGUCUCACUGAGAGCAGCCUGCAUCUCAUGGGCUGUGGCUCCCUUCCUGCUUACGUGAAUACACAUGGGUGGAUGGGUAUUGCCUGUCCAACACAUGCUUUCUUCCCCCUCCUGGUGCACGUUGCAAAAGGAAUCACGAAAAAUGUCUCAGCUCUGUGGGACGUGGGACAUUAGGAAACGUUUUCUGUGCCGGCUUGUACUCGAUUUGUUCUUCAUUUUAUGUUUCUCAUUUGAUGUUUUUUAUUGUUUUUAAUGAUGUGAAUCUCUACAGCACUUUGGUCAACCUUGGUUGUUUAGAAGUGCUUUAUAAAUAAAUCUUGAUUUGAUUUGA